ACUUUUAAAUAUUUAUAAACGUAUUCUAUUUUAUUAGCAGAAAGAAAAAAAUUGAUUCAUUAGAACGCUUUCCAAACAUUACUACAGAUCAAUAAAUUGCUACGCCGUUACAUUAUUCCAUUAAUAAUUAUGGAAAAAAUAAACAUUCAACCAGUGAAAAAUUAUGGCAUAAAAGCCACUGUGGCUCAAACUUUGGCUACCGUUGCUCAAAGUUUUUUGCUCAUUGGCUUGGGUAUGGAAUUAACUGUAUCAACGUUGGUUAUUGGAGAUUUAAGAAGUAGUUCACCACAGUCUGGUUUUUCAAUGACACAGAAUGAAGCUUCGUGGUAUGGAAGUAUCUUAUUUAUAUUUCACCCAAUCGGCAGUGUAAUGUCGGGCUUUUUACAAGAACGCUUUGGUAGAAAACGGUGUAUGAUUUUAGCCAACGUUCCUAGUAUAUUGGGUUGGAUAUUGUUGUACUACACAAACUCUAUCACGAUGCUUUACGUCUCUACGAUAUCUAUGGGAAUGAGUAUAGGUUUCAGUGAAGCCCCUAUAAUAUCAUACGUUGGAGAAGUCACUGAACCCAGGCUCAGGGGGUCCAUGGCGUCCAUAGCGAGUAUGUCAUCUAUGAUCGGCAUGCUGUUGAUUUCUAUAUUGGGAUCCAUGUAUCAUUGGAGGAUUGUGGCCCUGCUUAGUAUAAUAAGCCCUGUGGCAUGCAUGUGCUUUAUCGCUUGUAUUCCUGAAUCUCCAAUGUGGCUAAUAGCCAAAGGUAGAAAUGAAGAAGCCGAAAAAUGCUUAUGUUGGCUAAGAGGAUGGGUUGAACCUAAUGUUGUAAAAUCCGAAUUCCACGAGCUUAUUCAUUAUAAUGAGGUGUCCGGUGCUUUGCAAGGAGAUAGUACUUCUCGCAAAAGUUCCAGCAUAUUACAAUAUUUAGCAUUAUUUAAAGAUCCUUUAGUUUACAGGCCAUUGAGAUUAGUUAUGCUCUUUUUCUUCUUCUCAUUCAUUCUCUGUUUAAUACCCUGUCGACCUUUUCUUUAUAUAAUUUUAGAAAGAGUUGGUAUUUUUGAUUACCACGAUCUCAUUUUGGUGUUAUUAUCUGUGCUACAAAUAAUGGCAUGCAUAAUAACCAUAUUGACGGUAAAUCGGUUGGGAAAAAGAUUUUUGACGUUGUUUUCGUUUGCAACAAAUACAUUUUUAUUAUUUGCUUUUGGUGGUUAUCUGAUAGCUUUAAAUAAUAAUUUAAUCAGUUCAACUCGUUGGAUCCCAUUAUUGAUUAUUAGCAGCAUUUUCUUUUUUGGAGCUUAUGGACUUUCAUCUAUGCCAUGGAUUUUAUUAAGUGAAAUAUAUUCCAAUGAGAGUCGAGGUGUCGCAACUGGAGUGUCUGCAGCUUUGUCAUAUUUACUUAUAUUUAUAUUGACUAAAUCUUAUUUACCAGUUGAAUCUCUUCUUACAUUGGAGUACUCAAUUAUUUUAUUUGCUGUAAUUGGAGUAUUUGGAGCACUUUACUCGUAUUAUUACUUGCCAGAAACUGAAAAUAAAACUUUCUUGGAGAUAGAAGAAUUUUUCGCAUUAAAUAAGAGAGUGCAUUGAUAUAGCAUAAUAAUACUUAUAAUAUUGUAAAUACUUCAAAUUAUGUUUUUUAUACCAAUAAUUUAUUGUAAUUUUAAGAAAUGCUAUAUUUUAAACAUAGAAUUUAAUGACUAGUAGAAAAUAAAUGAUCUCUAUAAAGAAAUAUUUAAGUUAAGUAAAUUUGCAAGA